UACGCAUAACUGUCGCUACAAUGGCGGCUUCCAUUGCAGUGAUUGUGUUGCAUAUGAGGGGCAGAGGCUGUUUCUCAAAAUGCUUUCCAAAAUUACAUUCUUGUUUUCAAAGAAAGCUCGGAAUUAGUACUGCUGCAAUGAAGACUGAAACAACCAAUAAGAAAGAUGAAAUCGAACCAAAGGGUGGAGUCAAAUCUUUUUAUACAGUCCAAGAGGAGAGGAUGGAGCAGGCGGAGAGGUCUGUCCUUAUCAGCUGCCCCUCUAAAACCAACGAAAAGAAGUUCAUGAAGUAUCUAUCACGACAUGGAGAUAUCAACAAAUGCUUUUUUUAUGAAAGCUAUGGUACCUAUGCUGUCGUGGAGUUUGCCCACAAGGAAAGCCUCACAUCACUACACCAAGGCACUGCAAUCCCGAGUGUGAACCAUGAAGCUGCAGUGCCUUUCAAGUCCAGACUACUCUCCCUCAAAAACACUGGCUCUUUGGACCAGUCAAGUGGCCAAUCUGCCCCUCUGUGCCAACCACAGACCACCGUCCCCAUGAACGACCUUAUACUGAGACUGUCCAAUGAGAGCAGUAUUGACCAACAGAUAUCCUCCCUUACAGAGAUGCACCAGCUGACAGAAGAGAAUGUUUGUCUGCGCUACCUGGUCUGCUCCUUGCUGAAGGACAUAGCUGCUGCAUAUUUCCCAGAAUGCAAAGUCCGUCCCUUUGGUUCUUCUGUGAAUGGCUUUGGGAAGCUGGGCUGCGACCUGGACAUGUUUCUGGAUCUGGAUGGCAUCAGUGGGAGGAGUCUCAAGAAGCUUAAAGCCGGGUUCUCCUUGGAGUACCAGACAAAGAGGUCUGCGUCGGAGCGUGCGGUGACCCAGAGCAUCCUGUCUGUGAUCGGGGAGUGUGUGGACCAGUUUGGGCCCGGCUGUGUUGGGGUGCAGAAGAUCCUACAGGCUCGUUGUCCGCUGGUCCGCUUCGCGCACCAGCCGUCGGGGUUCCAGUGUGACCUCACGGCCAACAAUAGGGUGGCGAUGAAGAGCACUGAGCUGCUAUACUUGUGUGGAGGGCUGGACUGGCGGGUGCGUUGCCUGGUGUUCGGUGUUCGGUGCUGGGCCCGGUCUCACAGCAUCACCAGCUCGAUACCUGGCGCCUGGAUCACCAACUUCUCUCUGACUGUCAUGGUCCUUUUCUUCCUGCAGAGGAGGACUAUUCCUAUCCUGCCCACUCUGGACUACCUCAAGGAACUCGCAGGCCCUCUGGACAAGUGUGUUAUCGAUGGGAACGACUGCACGUUUGUCAGUGACGUCUCCAAAAUAAGACUGCAGGACAACACAGAGACAUUAGAGCAACUGCUGCAGGAGUUCUUUGAGUUCUACGGGUCAUUCGCGUUCAACCGCAUGUCCAUCAACAUCAGAAAGGGCCGAGAGCAGAACAAGUCGGACGUGUCCCCGCUACACAUCCAGAACCCCUUCGACGCGUCGCUGAACGUCAGUAAGAACGUCAACGCCACCCAGCUGGAGCGCUUCGUGGGGCUGUGCCGCGAGAGCGCUUGGAUGCUGCAGCAGCGCGAGUUCAACGCGCCGCCCGCCAACGGAGCCGCCGGCGGGACCAAGGCCCCCUGGGGCCUGGCGGCGCUCCUCUCACCCUCGGUGUCCCAGGCGGCCGGGGUUAAGAGUCGCCGGGGUAAGAAGAGGGAACCGGCCAGCGAGAGGAUCAAGAGCCUGCUGGAGUCUCUGAAGGACCAGGGGGGGAAGGCGACGAGCCUCGGUGCGGGGAAGAAGACAUGUGGCUGAGGGGGUCGGACCAGGCGCAGAGUCACUGGUCUUCAUCGGCGCUCAUUUGGAAUGCGGGUUUUAGGGUCUGUGUUUGUGCUCAGUCCUGCUCUCAGCCAUCACCACUAGAGGGCAGUGCUGAGGUGAGGUCUGCAUUGAGCUGGCCCUAUGGUACUGUGAAUUGCCCUGACCAAAAUAUCCAAGCUGGCGCAAUAGAGUUUGGCAUGAUUGUGUGAAGUGGGUGAGACCAGAAGCUUGUGACGAGAUGGGCCCUCGCAAUGCCAUCCCUGUACACAAUGCAGACAUUAACUUAUAGCGCUGACUAAAUGGUUUUGUUUGUUCCCUUGUAUAUCAAAUGUAUUCCUUUGUUGAUAUUACUGUUAGAUCAGUGUCACUAAAUGGACUUGGACUAGACUUUAAAGGUUUUAUAACAAAAUAAAAACAGAAAGAGAAGUGGUG